CUUUUUCUUCGCCUGAAUGUAGUACCUACAGGCCCGGGAUUGCUUCAAGCCCCUACAACAGUUGUAGCUUGCCGGACCUUUCUCGAGUCCUCUGUGUGACUUUGACUUUGGCGGGGGAUUGACCGACAGCCGCGGCUAGUGUAGAGCCGAUAGCCAGGGAGGGACAUCUUCAGCGCAAUUCAGCUGCUGACGAUUUCAACUUCGCGAUUACUCUUGAAGAGGACUUUCUAUUCUAUAACCCUAGUCGGCAUGUCCCCUACAUAUACACAUCUUGAACUCGAUGUUCGUAACCAAAUCGGUGUCAUUAAAUUGAACCGACCGAAAUCACUAAACGCAUGGAACACGACUCUUCUCCAUGAUAUGGUGACUGCGUUUCGGGAGUUAGACGAGCAUCCAGAUACAGUCUUCACCGUCCUGACCGGCGAAGGCCGUUUCUUCUCGGCUGGAGCGGACAUCAAGGCCGGACUCGAACUUCCACCACCGGGCGCAACAGACGCCCAGAAAAAGCUCUGGUACAUGCGCAAAUUCUCAAGUGAAAUGGAACUCUUCCGCUCAAUGAUCGACCACCGCAAAGUAUUCGUUCUAGCCCUAAACGGCCCCGCCGUCGGCGGCGGCGCCGCCUGGUUCGAAGGCAUCGCAGACAUCGUCGUCGCUGCAGCCGGCGCAUACCUGCAAGUGCCCUUCAACUCCCUGGGUCUUGUCCCAGAGUUCGGCGCAGCCCGGACAUUCGCACAGAGUAUGGGCGUGCGCCGCGCAAACGACUUCCUCAUGUUCGGACGCAAGUGUACCGUCGAGGAAAUGGAGUCAUGGGGACUCAUUAAUCGGAUUUUCCCCGCGGAGGGCUUUCAGGAGCAUGUGCGUGCGUUUCUAAAGGAGCAGUUGGAGGUUAAUGAUGGGAAGAGUAUGAUGGAGACAAAGCGGUUGCAGAAUGCACCAUUGAGGGAUGGACGGAUUGUUGCCAUGUUUGAUGCUGCGAGCGCCCUGUCGGAACGGUUUGUUGACGGGGCGCCAUAUGAGCGGUUUCAAAGGAAGACGGAGCAGCUGGCGCAGAAUAGUGAUUCCCGCCGGGUCAAGGCCAAGUCCUCGCUGUGAAGGAUGACGGAUAGGAGGACCCGUUUUGCUGGAGAAAUAAUGGAUCUUAGUAGAGAUAGAGUAUCCGUUCUUUGAGAGCUAGCUCAACCAACUCAACCUAACCGAAGAAACAGGAGCAGACCACGCUUCACGGGCGAACUAUAGUUAGAUUUACUACUAGUACGGUACAGCGUUUUUGAAGGAAUGCAGUAAAUUGAAGUUCUAG